UUUUUAAUUUUGUUUAUAUAGAAACACAUAUUGAAACAUUAUAUAACACAAUAUAUUAUGAAACACAAUAUAGAAACAUUAUUGUAUGAAUGUAAUUCGUUGCGGAGAAAUUUUGCAUAAGAUUCUAUUGGAGGUCACUUAAUUUUUUUUCACUCUCCGAUUUAUUUUUUCUUUUCUUUCAUUUUUCAAAUCAAUCUAACCCUUUACAGUUGCGGUUUAGAAUUAAUUUAAGCGUAAUUUACCAUAAACGUCCUUCUUGACAGCUAAUGCCCAUUUAAACUCAUUAAUGAAAGGUUACACAAUUAAUUUAUUUAUCUGUUUAUUUUCUUAUUUCUGGCUUUCUCCACAUUUAUUGUAUAGAAUAGUUUAACAAAUGAUAUUAUACAUGCGUACACUCUUGAAACUGUACAAUUUUUUUUCUUCAAAAAUUCAUUUUAAAAAAUAUUUUUGGUUGGUAAUUUUUAAAGUACAUAAAUUCACGGCAUGGAGGAAAAGAAAGGCGAAAUAAAAAAACAAACAAAACAAUCUGAUUAAAACCAGACCCUGAGAUCCGCUCACUUAGAUCGCUACACUGGUUUUAAUCAGAUUGAAAAAAGCCAAAAACAAAAUUCAACAACCCCCCCCCCCCCCCCCCCCCCGACGAAAACGCAAGGCAAUCGAAUAGAGAAUUAAUACGUAAGAUAUAGGCCUACAUAGUUUUUCUAAUCCUAUAUCUGAUAUUCAUCAUGUUUCUAAUCAUCCUCUGCAUAACACACGGCUCAACUGAAAUUUUGUGGCCGAAAUUUUGUUUAAUUUCAGUUAAAAACUUGUUAUUGACUAUCAAUUUCGAUGAAAUAAAAAGCACUAAUCUUAGAAGUAUUCACAGUAUCAUUUAAUAAUUUCAAAAUAAUUAGCCUAUAUAAUAAUAUUUUGUAAAGAUAUGACAAUUUCAACACGAAGUUCAAUUUGAGAGUACUUUCUCUAUAUAUAAGUAUGUGUUAUUUUGGGAUUUGAAAAAAAAUUUAAAAUUAUGAAUAAAAUGUUAAGAAUAUAACAGCUAGCCUACAUUUGAUAUUUCUAAACAAAAUGGUUUUUAUUUCAUCCACAUAGAGAGAAAAUUGGCUCCAAGGGAAGAUUUUGAAAAAAGAUAGAUUUACAUGAAAUAGCCUAUAUAUAAUAAUAAUAUUACCAUAUUUAUAUAGCACCCUUUUCAUACACUGUGUACCUCAAAGGUGCUUUACAAUGCAUAUAUACCUUACAAGAGAAUGUUAUACACAUAAUACAUAGAAAAUAAAUAAAACAUUAAAAGCUGUACCUAUCCUCAUUGUAAAUAUGAAACAUGAAAACACAAGAUACCAUAAAUAUGCUAGAUAAGAAUAAACAUCAGUUUCAGGGCGUAUUAAAAUAAUAAUGAAAUACACACACGCACACACACCAUAUAAUGUCUCAGGUAUAAUACAUUAAAACAUACAAUUCCCUUUUUUUUUUUUCUUUUUUUUUUUCUUUCCUUUUUUUUAUAUAGAGAAAAAAAUUUCCUUGGCCUUGGGAACUUACUUCUACUGUAUAUUUAAAGAAAUUAUUUGAUUAAAAUAAACACGAUUAAAGUAUUUGAAUAUCUCAAUGUGAAAUGAAACAAUGUUAUUUUUUCAAAGACUUUCGGAGCUGAUUAACAUUGAGAUACUGGUACGUGUAUUUACGUUUCUCUUACGUACCCAUGAAUCCUGAAUCCGCCCAUAAGUAUUUAGACUGCUGUUUGUGGUCUGAUUGUCUGAUGAAUAUUCAUGAGGAAAUGAUAGGCUCAGCAAAUAUACUCUUACAUAUUGAAACUUUCAUUUUACAUAAAUAUAGUGCUAUUCUUUCUGACUAAAAAAGUCAAUUUUGAGUUUUGAAUUUUCUCUGAUGUACAGGAAACAAUACUUUUAUACAUUUUAAAAUAUAGUUUGAGUUAGAGUUUCUAGAUCACCAUUUACUCGCGCCAGGUCACAGGAGAGGUUGUCUGACGUCACAUAUACUGUGUAUCGUGCGAGGUUGGCAGAUACACAUUCAGUAGUGUUUUUCUUUUGACUAAACGGGGAGGGUUACACAGUUUGUUCCAUGAUGAAGAACUCGUUCAACUUUCCACUAAUACUUCUUCAUACGUUAAUAUGGCUAGGACACUUUGAGUAUUCCAAUACAGCGGAAACUGAGCCACCCCUUGUGUGCGAAGAAAACCAGUUCAAAUGCAUGAGGCGAUGUAUCCCAAUGAGUUGGAGAUGUGACGGAGACUACGAUUGUAUAGAUGAGGAUGAUAAAACAGAUGAAGCAAAUUGUCCUUCCAAGACAUGCCCAGAGGAUGAAUUUGCAUGUAGAUCCGGUAACUGUGUUCCAAUGAGGUGGACAUGUGACAAUGAAACAGACUGUCUUGAUGGAUCUGAUGAAACUGACAUAUGUAAAAACAAAUCUUGCACCAGUGAACAAUUUAGUUGUGGUAAUGGGGAAUGUAUCCCAAUCAGCUGGCGCUGUGAUGGUUCUCCAGACUGUGCUAAUGGUCAUGAUGAAACCUGUGAUGCCCCAACCUGUGCAAGUGAUGAAUUCAGAUGUGACAACAACAAGUGUGUCAACAACAAAUGGAGAUGUGAUAUGGAUGAUGACUGUGGUGAUAAUAGUGAUGAAAAAGCAUGUCCUGAUGUGACUUGCACUGCCGAUGAGUUCCAGUGUUCAGACAAGCAGUGUAUUGAUAAAUUGUGGCAGUGUGAUGGUGAUGCCGAUUGUAAUGACCAGAGCGAUGAAACCAACUGCACAACCAAAAAUGUUACUAUUUGUACCUUGGAUACAGAAUGGGAAUGUCUCGCUGGUGAACAGUGUAUCCACAAUUCCUGGAAAUGUGACGGGGAUGAAGAUUGUUUGGAUGGGUCAGAUGAGUUGCACUGUACAACCACCUGUCGACCUGAUCAAUUCAAAUGCAAUAACAGUGACUGCAUCUACCACACCUUGAAGUGUGACGGUUACAUUGACUGCAUGGAUGGAUCAGACGAAUCAAAUUGUCCUGCACAACAAAGUAAAUGUCCUAGUGAUAAGUUUGACUGCUACAAAAAUGGAUCCUUAUGUAUUGAGGCCACCAAGCUUUGUGACAGCAGAAAGGACUGUGCUAACUUCGCUGAUGAGGAUAAUGAACUCUGUGCAUCAAAUCCAUGCCACUUGAACAACGGGGGUUGUAUGCACACUUGUAUCCCCAUUGGUGUGAAGAACAGGCGGUGUGACUGUUUGGAUGGCUAUCGUUUAGCUGGCAAUACAUCUUGUGAAGAUGUAAAUGAAUGUGAUCAAUGGCCUCCAGUCUGCUCGCAGAAGUGUGUUAAUGAGAAAGGGUCUUACAAAUGUGAAUGCAUGUCUGGCUAUUACCCAGAACUGCUAGAUGAUGGCCAGCAUGUUUGCAAAGCCACUGGUGGGAGGCCUUGGUUGUUGUUUGCUAACAGACAUGACAUCAGGAGACUGGAAGUGGACACCAUGAUUCUUCAACCAGUCGUUGGUGAUCUCCACAGUGCCAUUGCUGUGGACUAUGACUAUCAUAGUAAAGUGGUUUACUGGUCUGACAGUCACGAAGAGAAAAUAAUGAAGGCAAACAUGACAGAGAAAGGAGAGACCAAUGAUACAGGCAUACCCGUUAUCAGUAGUGGUGUCAAGACUCCAGAUGGAAUUGCUGUAGACUGGAUUUAUCACCAUCUAUACUGGACCGAUACUGGCUAUAACACCAUUGAAGUUGCUGCUGUUGAUGGGUCCAUGAGAAAGAUCCUCGUAGAUAAAGAUCUGGAUGAGCCAAGAUCUAUUGCAGUUGAUCCAGAGAAUGGGUGGAUGUACUUCUCUGAUUGGGGGAGAGUUCCUAAGAUUGAACGCAUUGGAAUGGAUGGUAACCCAGCCAGUAGAAAUGUUCUUGUAGAGAAAGAUAUUGAAUGGCCAAAUGGUUUAACCUUGGAUUAUGCUAGUGAAAGAAUAUAUUGGAUUGAUGCUAAAAUGAAGAGCAUAUUUACUGCCCGUCUAGAUGGUAAAGAAGUCAAAAGGAUUCUGCACAAUGCUGAACAAAUCCUCCACCCAUUUUCCUUGACUGUGUUUGAGGACUUUGUUUACUGGACAGAUUGGUCAUCUGAGGCCAUCCGUAAAGUUCACAAGUUUACAGGAGAAGAUUACCAUCAACUGGCCCUUGGCCUGAGAGCUCCAAUGGACAUCAAAGUUUAUCAUGAGCAAAGGCAGUUACACAGUCGCAAUAAAUGUGGAGUCCUUAAUGGUGGUUGCUCCCAUCUGUGUUUGCCAGUCCCAGUCUCAAUUGAUGCAAAAGGAUAUGCAUGUGCUUGCCCAGAUAGCAUGGACCUAUUGAAUGGAAAACAAUGUAAAGACAAUGCACAAAGACCAACAAGCUCAAUACCAACUCCUCCAUCUAAGACAGAAUCCCCAAAUAAUACAAACAGAAAUUCUACUAGUUCUCAUGGCGUCACAGCAGUUCCAACUGAAGUCACAGCCAAACAUGAAUCUCAUAAACCUUUGGCAACAACUACCAAAGCUCCAUCUAAACCUAUGGCAACAACCAUCAAAGCUCCAUCUGGUAUCAGCACUGAAACUCCAUACUCAAUUGUGACUCCAGGAAAAACAAAUAAUGAAACGGUCAUACGGAAAUCAACAGAUAGUCCAGUUGGAACAGUGGCAGUGAUAGCCAUUGCAGUGGUGCUUGGUUUAGCGGUUUUGGUUAUCAUUAUUGGAUGUUUCAUUUACCGAAAGUAUACAAAGAGAAACAUAAAGAGCAUGAAUUUUGAUAACCCAGUCUAUAGGAAAACAACGGAAGAAUCUGUGCGCAUACAAAGAGACUCGGCCUUGGAGCCAUUGAAUGCCGACUCCAUGGAGGUCUGAUGUUCAGGAAACGUUUAGUGACAUUCCAUUUAUGAUCAUGACUUUUUCCAAUGCAUUACCAUCAGGAAUGACAAUAUUGAUUGCUAGGAGUCUAGUACCGAGAGAUCGGUAUCAAAGGCCUAAGACACAAGUUGUAUCGUAUCCAUGUACAGGAUGACAUUUCAUUCCAGUACAUCAUCCUGUCUAUUGAUACAACAAGGACCGAGCUGGCCUGGACCCAUCCACUGCCAACAAUGGGAGUAGCCAAUACAGCAGAAAGAGAACUGAUUCUCACACGCACCCCUCCUCACUAAUUUCAUUUUCUUUCAAGUACACUUUUAUGGUGAUCUGAACGAUACCAAUCUCGGUGUUCAAAUGAUUAUUUUCUCUAACAGUUAUAAAUCUGUUCUAUAUUUAUUCAGGACUUUCCUUUUGCAUCAUAACAGCUUUGAAAUAUUUCUUACUUUACAUACAGUAUUUUGAAGAACAAAGACUGCAUUUAUCCUGAAAACAAAUUUGAUAUAUCCCUUUUUGUGUGCAUGUGGGAGUGUUUGUUGUGAAUGGACAAUUAUAAUUCAGACAAGGUAAGAAUGCUGUGAAACAACAGACAGAAUUUGUUUUCAGUGUUUCCAGUUUAGUUGUUAUUUAUUUCAAUUGUUAUUUGUUAAAUGUUGUGGAUGCAGAAGGAUUUAGUUAGAAAUUUGUGUAAGAUAGUAUCUGGAAGCUAGACAUGUUGGUGAAGAUGAAUGUUUAGUAUAACUGCGUUCUUGAGCAAUUUUCCCCACCAAUAAUCCAUGGUUCCUUUAUAAAGGGAUGGAUUUCAUGUGUGAAUGGAGCAGUAGAUUUCAUUUUUCCAAAAACUCAUUGUGUGACUGAGAUGCAAGAUUCAUGAUAUUUAUUGAAGUCAAAUUUAUUGUCGUGCAACUUUCUAUUGUGUCCUGGGAUGCCAUUUUCAUGAUCUCUGUGGUUGACUGAGUAACAUUGGUGAUUACUAGAAAAUUGCAAAAAUACUUGCUAUCAAAGGUUGUGCUAAAUUAUUUUCUAAAGUAUUUUGAGUGCAGACAGUACAGUUUUCUUAAGAAAUGUAUUUAAAAAUAAGCUUAAGCCACAGGUGUCUUCCUAUGUAUUCAAUGUAGUACAGGUAUUGUGCAGUCCCAUUUUUGAAAAUGUCAGCCCAGGGCACAAUGGUUUGUGAUGGUAGCUUAUUGUGAUAUACAUUACAGUGCUAGUUUAUGGAGAUCUCUCCUUAACUACGACUGUACCUAGUGAUAAAAGCAUACAUUCUAUGUAAUGUUUGUAGAAAGUGGUCUGUAAAUAUAUAUAUGUAUGUAUAUGUUCUUUGUAUGUACUAAGGCGUGUCUCCACAGUGCUAAGAUUUAGAGCUUUAUUUAAUAGUCUAUAUGUCGGUUCAUAUCAAUUUUAUUCAAGCAAAGCAUAUCCCAGCUAAGUAGUAGCUAACAAAUUAAAAAAAUUUAAAUAUCAUGAGGAAGGGUUAUUUUUUGUAUGUCAACACGAUUUAGUCGCCGAAUAUCUUUCAGAGGCUUUAAAAAUUAUUCAGGUGGAACACGCUUGACUUUUUCUUUUUUUUUUGUCCCCUUGUGAAAUGUAUAAAAUUGGUGUACAUUAUCUACUUAUGCAGCGAAAUACAAGAAAUUUUGUUUUUAAAAUUGCAUUUAUGGUUAAUUUGAAUGAAAUGGUGCAUAAUUAUUUUUAUUCAGCUUUUGGAAUCUCAGAGCUUAGUUAUAUCUAGUUGUUUAAAAUGUUUUAAAACAUUCCGCUUUAAUGCAUUACCUAAGAUGUAUAUAUGUAAACGUGUUGGAUAGUAGGUGAAUCAUGUUUCAAGAGUUAAUUUUGUUCGAUUGUGCCAAAAAGCAAGCUUGAGUGCAUGUAUAUACUGUUUAAUCUUUUUGUUUGAAUGUUUUAGAGGUGAAUGAUUCAUGUUGUUCCUUAUUUCUAUUGUCGUGAGACAGGCACGUGGUGCUUUUUGAAAUAAACCGUAAAAAAACUUAA